AUGGUCAUCACCAAUCCUGGAGCAUUUGCCAUCAUCGACUCCCCUCAUGACAAACCAAGUUCUUGCAACUGCUCUCGAGGUUCAGUGUUCCUCAAAAAUAGAAUUCCCCAGAAUAUAUACAAGGACCUAGAGCAACGGCGGACGAAGGAGUUCAAGGAAUACAAAGCCAGGAGAACAUCUGUGCUGUCCAACCUUCUCUAUGCUUUGCCGAACUCACCUCUGCAGUAUCCGAUCCAGGGCUUUAUAGUACAGCCUUUAAGAGCGACCAUCAUACCAGGUUUGGAGUUGCAUGCAGGGAAAAGAGACAGCUACAAGGUGUCCCUGAAAGUGUCCAUUGGGGUCCUGAGCACAGUGGACCUCGGUGAAGGGGCCAUCGUGACAGGCGUUGGUGAGAGAGAGCUGACGAUCGAGUCCAGCAGCCUGGUGACUCUGAAUGACCUGCUGGCCAGCGUGUCCUACCGAAGCACCGUCUACCACAUAAACACUGGAGACCUCGCAUCUUUCCACUUUGAGGACCACAAAGCUGUUUUCCCCAUAGCAAUCAAACAGUCUGAAAUACCAGUUCUGUGGGACAUGGGAACAGACAUCAACUCUCAGGUCUCCAUCGCCAUGAAAGCCUUCCUGCGCUACUCAAAAGUGAGAGUUUUGGUGGACAGCAUCCGGCGUUUCUAUCCCAAGAUGAAAAUCAUCAUCGCAGACGACAGCCCAGUAAAUGAAAAGAUCACUGGCGAAAACAUUGAACAUUAUCUCAUGCCUCCAGCGAAGGGCUUUUUCGCUGGCAGGAAUUUGGCCGUUUCUCAGGUCACUACGAAGUACUUCCUGUGGGUGGACGAUGACUUUUCUUUUACGAAGAACACACAAAUCGAGAAGUUUGUGGAGGUGAUGGAAGCGAACCCUGAAUUGGAUUUGGUCGGCGGUUCGGUAAAGGGGAAUCGGUUUUACUUCACUAUCGUACGUGAAGAGGGAGAUGAGGCAGAGGGUGACUGCGUGUACAAGAGAUCAGGUGGGAAGUUCCACUCUGUCCCUGGUUACCCACAAUGCCAUCUGGUCAGUGGAGUGGUCAACUUCUUCCUGGCUCGAACAGAGUCCGUAAGAAAGGUGGGAUUUGACCCCAUGCUCCGGCGAGUGGCGCACUCAGAGUUUUUCUUGGAUGGCCUGGGGUCCUUAAUGGUCGCCACGUGCAACGAUCGAUCAGCAAUGCACAUCAAUCACCAGUCCAAAAAGGGACAAUCUCAUUCCUACUUACGCUUCAGACAUCCUGGAAAAAAGGACAGAAACCUCAAACUGAGACGCCUCUUCUUCAAAAACCACAUCAAGUGUUUUAGGCUUUAA